CAGUCCGCUGUACACCCCUAUCCCAAUAGGGUGUCUCCAUAUUACCAAAAAUAACAACAGACAAACAGAUGGGCUGUUUGGGAGAGUGUUGGGACGUAGGCCCACCCCCGGACAGUAUUCUAAGUCUACCGCCGCCCCCAAUUCCGGCUUUUUUGCAACACCCCUUACCAGAUUUGUUGCUAAAUACGACGCCGUGUUCGUCACAACAGUUAUGCGAGUCUUUGCCCUCCUCGAACAAGAUCCCGGAUGGAGGAGAUUACGUGGAGAUGUCGAGGAAAGAUAUUGAGUCAUGGUCGGUGACCGCCAUCGACGACACCUGGCUUUUAGUCCUGGUGGCUUCCUCCAUCGGGGUGCUCUUGUUGGGGGCCCUCCUGGCCAUGUUCCUCCUCAAAUGCCGAGAAAUGAACAUGUUUGAUGGUAAUGAAUGUUCGCUCCAUUCGCGCGACCACCGCCAGAUCAAAAACCAUGAACCCCGUGAAUGCACCUCUGUUACCAACCUGAACGGCAACAAACUCGUUCACCCCUCUGAAGCCGUGAUGUUUCACGGGGGUAGCGUGCCCGACAACCGCAUGGUAUGGGCAGCCCUCACCCCCCAUGGCACCCAACACUUCAUCUCCGAAAACUACCCUCGGGAUUUGAUCGAUUAUGGGGACGUUGACGAUCAUUACGAAACCGUGGACAAUCUAAAUAUCGAGCCGGUGCUUUCUCAGCCGCCUUACUACAAAGGUUUGGGUAUGGUCCGGGAGAAAUCCAGUUUUGAUAAUUCCGGAUUCGUAGAUUACGACUACGAGGAACCGACGCCUCUCAUUGAAAGUUACCAAUUGGAUGAUAUGGAUAGGGAUGAGCAGUACCAAGUGGUGGGAAAUACGGAUAUGAGGUGUGCGAGCUUGGGGUUUGGGGGGAAUACGCUCAGAAGAGGGGUGCCGGUGAGGCCGAGGGUCUCCUCGCCGACUCGCAUCGAACACCCAAAUCUGCCCCCGCUUAAUCUGUACCCCCACAAAGGGGGCACUUUGAAGAGGAAUACGCUGAGUUAUCGGAAUGUUGAUACUGGUACUUUGCCCAAAUUUGGGUGCUAAGUGGGUGCAUUGUGGCUAUUUAUUCGGCAAUUUGUAUAUUGUUUACAUGUAAUUUCGGUAUUCUCGAUGUUUUUAAUUGAUUGCUAUUUAUUUCAAUAAAGUAUUUGUUAAUG